AUGACUAGAACCGUUUCCGAUUUGAAAACAAUCAGCUCAUCGACACUCCAUUCGUGGCUACUCCAAGGGAAGUCGAAGCACGGGAAGUUCCAAGUGGUAGACGUGCGAGAUUCAGACUAUGUAGGGGGCCAUAUAAGGUCCAGCUACAACUAUCCGGCCGCCAAUUUCCAUUCGACGUUGUUGGAGCUCCAGCAGAGGUUGUACAAACAGCAAGUUUCCGAUGUGGUGUUUCAUUGCAUGUUGUCACAAGCGCGAGGCCCCAAGGCUGCUCUAAUGUUUCUACGUGCUAUCGACGAUAUUGCCGAUCCUGCCAUGAAGCGGUAUUUCAUGGAUCAUGUCCAUGUCUAUAUUUUGAAGGGCGGGUUUAGCCAUUGGCAAGGUGAAUAUGGCCUGGAUCCGAACGUCACUGAGGAUUAUGCUGCUGAUAUCUGGAGUUGA